AUGGUUGCCACUCACCCCGCAGACAGGCGUGGUGUGCGCCCUCUUGCCGACGCCGAUGAGUCGUCUAAGAAUUCGCUGUACAUGUUUCUUUUGACUCUGUGUAUUGGUGGACUUCAGAUUGUUUGGUCUGUCGAACUUUCUAAUGGUUCGCCAUACCUUCUAUCCCUCGGGAUGAGCAAAUCGCUUCUUGCUUUUGUUUGGAUAGCCAGUCCCUUGACGGGUGCGCUGGUGCAACCAUACAUCGGCAUUCGAAGCGACAACUGCCGACUAGCGUGGGGUAAGAGGAAACCAUUCAUGGUCGUUGGAGGCGCAGCAACUAUCGUUUCAUUGCUAGCUCUGGCAUGGGUGAAAGAGAUUGUGGGAGGCUUUUUGUCUAUAUUCGGUGUUGAAUCAACAUCUGCAGGGGCCAAGAUUGUUAUCAUUAUCAUGGCAACGAUUUUCAUGUAUUGCCUUGAUUUUGCCAUCAACACCGUGCAAGCUGCAAUCAGAGCAUUCAUUGUCGACAACUGCCCAACCCACCAGCAGGAGCUGUCCAACGCCUGGGCUAGUCGUAUGGUCGGCGUUGGCAACAUCUUGGGGUAUAUCUUUGGCUAUAUGGACUUGCCCAAGGUUGUCCCUUUCUUGGGAAAUACCCAGUUCAAGGUCCUGUGUGUACUCGCCUCGGUAUUUCUGACCGCAACCCUUGCCAUUAGUUGUGUCUGCAUCAAAGAGCGGGAUCCCCGAGGAGACAGGCCUGUGACCGACAAGCUUGGCGUUAUCUCCUUUUUCAAACAGGUCAUCAAGUCGAUUCGAAGCUUGCCAACGCAGAUUUCCCGCGUCUGUCAGGUCCAGAUCGCGGCGUGGGUGGGCUGGUUCCCAUUCCUGUACUACUCCACGACAUAUGUCGGGCAGCUGUACGUCAAUCCUGUUUUCGCAGAGAACCCCCAUCUCUCCGAGGGUGAGCUCGAUAAGGCCUGGGAAGAUGCUACUCGCGUCGGGACAUUGGCUCUCCUCAUCUAUGCUAUCAUCUCUUUCCUUGCCAAUAUGUUGCUUCCUCUUUUCGUGGUCCCCUUAUAUGGACCGGCGCCAGAGAACCUCUCGCAACGGGAUUCUCCAGACGGCGAUUCAGAUGACGAUGUAGAGUCGGCUGCAAGAAGAUUAUCAUUUUCAAGUAUGCCGACGGGAAAUGCAUCUGAGCCUCUACUCGGCGCUGUUCCAGUCGGACAGGAGACCGAAGAGAAACCGGCUUGGCUUUCGCGUCUGCGCAUCCCAGGCUUGACUCUCCCGCGCGUCUGGCUCCUCUCCCACCUCCUCUUCGCAGCGUGCAUGUUCAGCACUUUAUUCAUCUACUCUUACAAAGCCGGUUCGGCGUUUGUGGGCCUUAUCGGUAUCUCCUGGGCUGUGGCACUGUGGGCUCCCUUCGCUCUCAUCUCGGCGGAGGUAGCUAGGAUUGAUCCUUCUAGACGAAAUCAUCACCGCACAGCUCAAACUACAUAUAACGAGCAUGCAGCUGAGGCCGAGACCGAGGGUCCUGGUGAACACAGUGUCGCUGGCAGUGAUGUUGAGCAUGGACGCUCAAAGGAUUAUAGUGAUGGUGAAGAUGUUGCCCAGGCGGGUAUUAUCCUUGGACUGCAUAAUAUGGCUAUUUCCCUGCCCCAAAUUCUGUCUAGUCUUGUUUGCAGUGCUAUCUUCAAGGCAUAUCAGAAGCCAAGAGGGGAGCCGUGGGAUGAUAGUGUGGGCUGGGUGCUACGCUUUGGUGGAUGUGCUGCGUUGGUAGCUGCAUGGUUGACUAGGAGGGUUUCCGAUGGAUCAAGAUAG